GGCGGAGCCACCGCGCGGCAGAGCCAGAAAGGGCCAUGGCUCGGCCGGGAAGCGGAGGAGGGCUCUUGCUGCGUCGCCUUCUCUCGCAGCUCUCCCGCUCCGCGCAGGGGGCGACGCUGCGGAUCUCCCAGGCGCCGGCUGCUUCCUACGGCACUUCAGUAACCUCAGCUAAAGUCGAAGUGAAUGGCGUCCGACUACAUUAUCAGCAAACGGGAAGUGGAAGCCAUGCUGUCUUGCUUCUCCCUGGAAUGUUAGGGAGUGGUCAGACUGAUUUUGGACCACAGCUGAAGUCUAUGAACAAGCAGCAAUUCACAGUUGUAGCCUGGGAUCCUCGCGGGUAUGGAAAGUCAAUCCCCCCACUUCGAGACUUCCCUGCAGAUUUUUUUGAAAGAGAUGCAAAAGAUGCUGUGGACUUGAUGCAGGCACUGAAGUUUAAGAAGUUCUCCUUGCUGGGGUGGAGUGAUGGUGGAAUAACAGCACUCAUUGCUGCUGCAAAGAAUCCAAAUCUUAUCCACAAAAUGGUAGUUUGGGGAGCCAAUCCCAGCGUUUCAGAGGACGACGUGAAACUUUACAAUGCUAUCCGUGAUGUUUCAAAAUGGAGUGAAAGAGCCAGGCAGCCAAUGGAAGAAAUGUACGGCCACGAUUACUUUAGCAAAACCUGUGCAGCCUGGGUGGAUGGAAUCUCCCAGUUUGCACAAAAGCCAAAUGGAAGUAUCUGUCAGUCUUUGCUGCCUCAUAUUAACUGCCCAACGUUAAUAAUCCACGGAGAGAAAGACCCCUUGGUUCCACGCUUUCACCCUGAAUAUCUUCACAAACAUAUCAAGGGUUCACAGUUGCAUUUGAUGCCGGAAGGAAAACAUAAUUUGCACCUACGCUUUGCAGACGAAUUUAACAGAGUGGUGGAAAAAUUUCUUCUAUGAAAUGUUGCUAGUUGUUACAGAACCACCCUGAGAUCUAUGGGUAUAGUGCAGUAUACAAAUUUAAUUAAUAAUAAUAAUUGAUAAGCAGCAGUUUCUUUGCUGUUCCUACUCACGGGGUGGAUAGGACGAUAAGUCCACUUUAAUCAGCUUCAUCAAGUAUGGGGGGGACGGGGAAUCAAAUUUCUUCCUGUUAUAUAUGUAUUGCACCAAAGUUGUAACAUGCUUCUUAUGUCAAGUGUUUGGCUGUAUCUUAACCUUCCAGGGGUUUUACACUUAAAUGAGCAUUAAAGUCUGCCUUUUGGCUAUUAA